AAACGACGCGUGUAUACAAAAAUGGAUUCUCAGGAUCCGAAUGACAAUUCAGAAAAUGUUUACCAACAAAAGACUGCAAGGAUCCGGAAGAAAGUAGCAGAGGUUGAGAAAGAAUGUGUACAAUAUGCCAUUAGAGUUUACCACGUAGAGAAAGAUAUCCAGAGAUAUCGAUAUGAAACGCAGAUGCUCAAAGAUACAUUCAACGAAUAUACAGAAUAUAAGAAGGAACAGAGGGAUCACGAAUUUCCAGAAAUGUCCAAUGCUGCUGUUCCUUCAUCUUUGGAAGUUUCGGACUCCAAUCCACCUCCUAUGCAAGAUUAGAAAGAACCAGAUGCCAAACGAAUAUAUUCAUGAGAACAAGAACAAAAAAGAACAGAGAAUGCAAGAUGAAGGAAGAGGGACGUGAAACUCUCUUUUUAUGUAAUUUUAUAUGAUUUCAUGAUGCGUUUCUAAUCAGGUCUCGAAGAGCUUUUUCUUCCAACCAUAGCACAUGCAAUUUCGAUCAUAUCUACGAUUCCAUUUGUUUAUAUGAAAGAAGAAUUUUCAAGGAUUUACGAUUCCUUACCGCGUACAUGACCUAGGUUUCGAGGACGGUUUUAUAAAGCUAAUAUUCUUAAAGAAGCUUGUUUUUGAAUCGAAAUCGAAAUCGAAAUUAAAUAAAUUACUGAUAAAACAACCUGUACCCAACUACUUGAAAAACCUCAAGUCAACCUGGAUCAUAGAAUGUUAGCACAGAAACGGAAGGAAUUAUAUUGUUAGAAAGAAGAAAACUCGAACUUACCAAAAUGCUAAAGAUGGCAAUGAGAACAAGCAAAGCCAUAAGAAUCACAACUAUCCAUUCUAACGAUUCAUCAUGAGUAUGUGUGAUUUGCUCUUUCAGCAUAGACAGCAGAUCACCGAUUACCUCGACACGCUGAUUCAGCAAGGCAACACGCUGAUUGAUUUCCAAAUACGAUCUUGCUGCUGUGUAAAUGGGCUCAAGCUGUGGUUCUGUCCACAUCAGCUCGGGACUAUCCAAAACACUUCCCUGUAGAUUUAUAUUAAUUCGUAGAAUAAAUAAUUGACCGACAGCCAUCAUAAUCUCCUCUCGUUUUAAUUUGAUUCUACCAGACUCGGCAAUCAUCUGUGGUGUAUCUUUGGUAGCAUCGAUGGUUUCGUUGACGAGCUCUUCAAAAAGAGAAAUUUUGACAGAUUGUGCAAUUGCAUGAGAUAUAGACAACCGAAUCAUAUAGUUAGAGGCAUCUCUCAAAGCAAUAAAGUCAUUAAAAAUCUAUCCCACGAGAAAUUAGUAUCGUCUCAAAAAUAAAACAAAAAGC